GAGGAGGUGGCUCAGGCGGGGCGGGGCCGCGCGGAGGGGGCGGGGCCUGGGUGUGGGCGCGAGCGCAGGAGCGGGCGCUAUCGCGGUCCUUACCCCAAGUGCCGGUCCGUGGAACCUGGGUUCUGGGACCCGGAGAGCGUGGCGGGCGGGAGCGGACGGAUGGACGGGAGAGAGUAGCAAGCAGGGAGGCAUGAUGAUUUCUCAGGACACAGCUUGGAACAGUUGAAGAAAGCACCGGGCCAAGAUGAGGACCAAUAAGGUCUACAAGCUCGUCAUACACAAGAAGGGAUUUGGGGGCAGCGAUGAUGAGCUCAUGGUGAAUCCCAAAGUGUUCCCCCAGAUUAAGCUGGGGGACAUUGUGGAGAUCGCACACCCCAAUGACGAGUACAGCCCUCUGCUUCUGCAGGUGAAGUCACUCAAGGAGGACCUGCAGAAAGAAACGAUCAGCGUGGAUCAGACGGUGACCCAGGUGUUCCGGCUGAGACCGUAUCAGGACGUCUAUGUGAAUGUCGUUGACCCCAAGGAGGUGACUCUUGAUUUGGUAGAACUCACUUUUAAGGACCAAUACAUUGGGCGUGGAGAUAUGUGGAGGCUGAAGAAGAGCUUGGUCAGCACAUGUGCCUACAUCACUCAGAAGGUAGAAUUAGCAGGGAUUCGGGCCCAGGCAGGUGAGCUGUGGGUGAAGAGUGAAAAAGUCAUGUGUGGGUACAUCAGUGAAGACACACGGGUGGUGUUCCGCUCGACUUCAGCGAUGGUUUAUAUAUUUAUUCAGAUGAGCUGUGAAAUGUGGGAUUUCGAUAUUUAUGGAGAUUUGUAUUUUGAAAAAGCUGUGAAUGGUUUCCUUGCUGACCUCUUUACCAAGUGGAAGGAAAAGAACUGUAGCCACGAAGUGACCGUGGUCCUGUUUUCCAGGACAUUCUAUGAUGCCAAGUCCAUUGAUGAGUUUCCCGAGACACACCGAGCCUCAAUUCGCCAGGAUCAUGAAGGCCGAUUCUAUGAAGACUUUUACAAAGUAGUGGUUCAGAACGAGAGACGAGAAGAGUGGACGUCGCUCUUAGUGACCAUUAAGAAGCUCUUUGUCCAGUACCCAGUGCUGGUGCGGCUGGACCGGGCAGAGGGCUUUCCUCAGGGUGACAAUUCUACCUCGGCCCAAGGGAACUACUUGGAGGCCAUCAACCUGUCAUUCAAUGUGUUUGACAAGCACUAUAUCAACCGUAACUUUGACCGGACGGGGCAGAUGUCGGUGGUCAUCACCCCCGGGGUCGGCGUGUUUGAGGUCGACCGGCUGCUCAUGAUCCUGACCAAGCAGCGGAUGAUCGACAACGGGAUCGGCGUGGACUUGGUGUGCAUGGGGGAGCAGCCGCUCCAUGCGGUGCCGCUGUUUAAGCUGCAUAAUCGAAGCGGCCCCCGGGAUUCCCGCCUCGGGGACGACUACAACAUCCCUCACUGGAUAAACCACAGCUUCUAUACGUCCAAGAGUCAGCAUCUGUGUAACAGCUUCACCCCACGCAUCAAACUGGCAGGAAGGAAGCCUGCAACCGAAAAGGCAAAAAACGGCCGGGAUACCUCCAUCGGGACCCCAAAGGAAUCAGAGAAUGCCCUGCCCAUCCAGGUGGACUAUGAUGCAUACGAUGCCCAAGUGUUCAGGCUGCCUGGCCCGGCCCGUGCCCAGCGCCUCACCACCUUCAGGUCCAUGAGGGAACGUGAGAGCCACGGCCGGAAGAGCUCCAGCAGUUUCGACGUGUCAUCCAGCCCCUCAGUGCAGAGCCGUACCCUGCUGCCCGAGGAGGGGAGGAGCCAGGCCUCAGACGACAGCUCCCUGGGCAAGGGCUCCCACAUCCUGAUGAUCCCCCACUCCCACCUGCACCAGUAUGACGUCAGCAGCUCUCUCGGCUACCCCAGCACCCGAGAUGUCCUGGAGAACCUGAUGGAGUCCCAGCAGCGAGACUCAAGUGCGCCUGGGAGGUUCCACGUGGGCAGUGCCGAGUCCAUGCUGCACGUGCGUCCUGGCGGCUACACGCCCCAGCGAGCGCUGAUCAACCCCUUUGCUCCGUCCCGCAUGCCCAUGAAGCUGACCUCCAACCGGAGGAGGUGGAUGCACACCUUCCCCGUGGGUCCAUCUGGAGAAGCCAUCCAGAUCCAUCACCAGACUCGCCAGAACAUGGCGGAGCUCCAGGGCAGGGGGCAGCGCGAUCCCACUCACUCAUCUGCAGAGCUGCUGGAGCUGGCAUACCACGAAGCGGCAGGAAGGCAUCUCCCUUCCCGCCAGCCUGGGGACAGCACAUCCUUCCUGAAUUUCAGUGGAUCUAACGAGUUUUCUGCCCGCCUCCUCAGCAAUAGUGCGACAGGACCCAGGAGCCAGAACAAGGAUUCUCUAGAAGACAGUGUGUCCGCCUCUUCAGAUCCUAUUCUGACGCUGUCUGCUCCCCCUGUAGUGCCGGGCUUCUGUUGCACAGUGGGAGUGGACUGGAAGUCUCUCACGACUCCGGCGUGCCUGCCCCUCACCACCGACUACUUCCCAGACCGCCAGGGCCUUCAGAACGACUACACCGAGGGCUGUUACGACCUCCUCCCGGAGGCCGACAUGGACAGGAGGGAUGAAGAGGGCAUGCAGAUGACUGCCCAGCAGGUGUUCGAGGAGUUUAUUUGCCAACGUCUCAUGCAGGGCUACCAGAUCAUCGUACAGCCAAAGCCCCAGAAACCCAACCCGGCUGUGGCCCCUCCCCUGAGUAGCAGCCCCCUCUACAGCCGGGGCCUCGUGUCCCGAAACCAUCCUGAGGAGGAAGACCAGUAUUGGCUGAGUAUGGGUCGCACUUUCCACAAAGUGACGUUGAAGGACAAAAUCAUCACAGUCACCCGCUACCUGCCCAAGUAUCCCUACGAGUCUGCCCAGAUCAACUAUACCUACAGCCUGUGCCCCUCGCACUCCGACUCAGAGUUUGUGUCCUGCUGGGUGGAGUUCUCCCACGAACGCCUGGAAGAAUACAAGUGGAAUUACCUGGAUCAGUACAUCUGCUCGGCGGGCUCCGAGGACUUCAGUUUAAUUGAGUCGCUGAAAUUCUGGAGAACGCGCUUCCUGCUGCUCCCAGCAUGCGUCACUGCUACCAAACGCAUCACAGAAGGGGAGGCGCACUGUGACAUCUACGGGGAGAAGCCCCGCUCGGAUGAGGAAGAGUGGCAGCUCUUGGAUGGCUUCAUCCGCUUCAUGGAAGGCUUGAAUCGCAUCCGGCGGCGCCACCGGUCAGACCGCAUGAUACGGAAAGGGGCUGCUAUGAAGGGCUUGCAGAUGGCUGGCCCACUCUCUGCCCACUCUCUGGAGCCGCCGGGACCACCGGUUGGAAAGAAGGGGACGUCUGUCCUCUCGGCUUUGCUGGAAAUGGAAGCCAGUCAGAAGUGUUUGGGAGAGCAGCAGGCCAGCCUGCAUGCCUGCAAGGGCCCUGCCCAUCCAGCAGAGAAUAGUGGUGUGGCCCUCACACCGACCUACCUGGACAGCCCCCGAAAGGAGGGGGCCUUCUUUACGGAGUCUGUCCGCAGCCCACGUACAGCGCCAUCUGCCUUCUACCCCCAGGUCUCGGUGGAUCAGAGUGCCACUCCAGCCUUAGAUGGCACCAGCCUGGGCAUCAGCGUGGGCCAGCCCAUGGACAGAGGCAGCACGCAAGCCUUUGGGAAUGCCCAGGCUGCCGGAGAGCAGGGGUACCCCCUGGCAAACCCUAGCGAUGGCAGCUCUCAGCAGUUCCCAACCAGCUCCCUGAAUACCUCCUCCACCCUGCUGGAGAUCCUGGAGGCCAUGAAACAUCCCUCGACAGGAGUCCAGCUGCUCUCGGAGCAGAAGGGCCUGUCGGCGUCGUGCUUCAUCAGUGCGGAGGUGGUGCACUGGCUGGUGAACAGUGUGGAGGGCGUCCAGACCCAGGCCAUGGCCAGUGACAUCAUGCAGAAAAUGCUGGAGGAGCAGCUCAUUACCCACGCCUCGGGGGAGGCCCUGCGCACCUUCAUCUACGGCUUCUACUUCUAUAAGAUCGUGGCCGAACGCGAGCCCGAGCGAGGGGGCCUGCAGCAGCCCGCGGCCUGGCACUCGGCGGCCAUGGAGGACUUCACGGCCUUCCAGCGGAAGUGGUUCGAGGUGGCCUUCGUGGCCGAGGAGCUGCUGCACUCGGAGAUCCCGGCCUUCCUGCUGCCCUGGCUGCCCAGCCGCCCCGCGUCCUACGCCAGCCGCCACAGCUCCUUCAGCCGCAGCUUCGGCGGGAGGAGCCAGGCGGCCGCACUCCUAGCAGCCACUGUGCCCGAGCAGAGAACGGUGACCCUGGACGUGGACGUGAACAACCGCACCGACCGGCUGGAGUGGUGCAGCUGCUACUACCACGGGAACUUCUCCCUCAACGCCGCCUUCGAGAUCAAGCUGCACUGGAUGGCCGUGACGGCCGCCGUGCUCUCCGAGAUGGUUCAGGGUUGGCACCGGAAGGCCACGUCCUGUGGCUUUUUGUUAGUGCCAGUUCUGGAAGGCCCGUUUGCCCUGCCCAGCUACCUGUAUGGAGACCCGCUGCGAGCCCAGCUGUUUAUCCCACUGAACAUCAGCUGCCUGCUGAAGGAGGGCAGCGAGCACCUGUUUGACAGCUUUGAACCAGAGACUUACUGGGAUCGGAUGCACCUCUUCCAAGAAGCUGUGGCUCACAGAUUCGGAUUUGUACAAGACAAAUAUUCUGCCUCCGCCUUCAACUUCCCUUCUGAGAACAAGCCCCAGUACAUCCACGUCACAGGGACUGUCUUCCUGCAGCUGCCCUACUCCAAGCGCAAGUUCUCGGGCCAGCAGCGGCGCAGGCGCAACUCGACCAGCUCCACCGGCCAGAACAUGUUCUGCGAGGAGCGCGUGGGCUACAACUGGGCCUACAACACCAUGCUGACCAAGACGUGGCGCUCCAGCGCCACCGGGGACGAGAAGUUUGCCGACCGGCUGCUCAAGGACUUCACCGACUUCUGCGUCAACCGCGACAACCGCCUCGUGGCGUUCUGGGCCAGCUGUGUGGACAAGAUGCACGCCAGCGCGCCCUGAGCACCGGGGCCGGGCAAGGGGCCUGGCCCUCCGGGAGAAAGGGCUGGGCGCAAGCAGAGGCCCAGAACUGCUGGGGGGCUGCAAACGACCUGCAGCCUGGGGUGGUGGCCCCCCCGGACGGAGCAGAGACCAAGCAGGGCAGCCACGGAGUGGGCCAGCCGGAGCUGGAGCUGCCGGGGCCGCCCUGGCCGAGGGCAGAGAAAAUUCUGUGAAAUAGUGUAUCAUACGCCAGCGUGAGUGUACAGAGUGUAAAUACGGAAGAGGAAUAAAAACCUGAUGUAGC